CCCCUCUCUGUCUCUCUCCCUCUCUCUCUCUCUCUCUCUCUCUCUCUCUCUCUCUCUAUUUUGGCAUUGUAGCAAAAUUGGCAAAAAGAAGAUUUCCUUGUUCAGCCUGGUGCUUUUGUCAUAGGUGGUCUGUUGUCUAAGUCCUCUGGUUUUCAACCAAGACACAGAUGCUUCUUCUGUCUGUGUCCACAUUUUUCCUUCCUUCUGUGACCAAAUCCCAGAUGGGUUUCUACUGAGGGGGCAAAUUAGCAGGAGGUCUAUGGUUUGAGGAAGAUCAUGGAAGGCACCAGGUAUUGGACUUGGAGCAGGAGAAAUUUUGGUGUUUCAAGGGAUCAAUCAGCUGCAUCUUUCCAUGGCUCUUCAUGGGAGGAGCAAGCUUUUGCAGAAGACUCAUCUGGUCUCUUGGGAGGGUGCAUAUGGCCUCCCAGGUCUUACUCUUGCACCUUCUGCAGGAGAGAGUUCAGGUCAGCUCAGGCCUUAGGUGGCCAUAUGAAUGUUCACAGGAGAGAUAGAGCCAGACUGAGGAGAUCUCCAAGCUUGCAGAAUGAAGGAAGCCAUAACCCAUGUGGUUUCUUAGAUCUUCAUCAAUACCAACCUGAGGUAUGCUCCCUUGUGUACCCUAACCCUAAUCCUAACCCUAACCCUAACCCUAAUCCCAGUGUUGUUCCAUCCACUAAGGCUUCUGCACCACCUACCUCCUGCUGCAAUGAGUCCAAUGGCAAUUUCUGUGAACAGACGCUCACCCUUUCUUGCCAAAAGCCAUCUUCGUUUCCUUCUUCUACCAAGGUCUCCAACCCUUUCACUGUUCAGAUAGUUUCUGUUCCUGUUGAUGCAAAGUUCAAGGGGGAUCUCAAUUGUGAUGCCCCAAAGCAGGAGGACAAAAAUGGUUCAUCAGAUUCAUUCUGCCGGCGCCGGAAAGUCGAUUUGGAGGCUUUGGACAGUGAUGAUGAAGGUGCUGUCAGCAGGAAGAAAGCAAGGACCUCCACCACUAGCACUUUGCCAUUGUUCAUCAGGCAGAGUACUGUGUCAUCUGAAGCCCUUAUUGGGCAACACUGUCUUCAAACUGAGGUUCUGGGUAGAACGCAGUUAGUCAUUGAGGAGCUGGAUCUUGAGCUCAGGCUUGGGCAAAGGCCCAAGGUCAAGUAAAACGAAUCUGCAGAUCUCGUAUGUGUGUUUUAAUUGGAAAAACAUGUUCUUUUAUUUCUCUUUUCUUUCUUUCGAUCAUCUCUGUAAUGGACGUGUUAUUGGUGAAUUUUUCUUUGUUUCUUUCUUUGAUUAUGAUGUGUAAAAAUAUAUCAUGAGGCACGAGGCAUAGCUUGAAGAAAUCUGAUCAUCUCCUCACUCUCUCUCUCUCUCUCUCUCUAACCCU